CACAGAUUUCCGCGUAACACCUGUCCACCCCGUGAAGCUAAUAAAUUAGCAGCGUGGUUUUUACGAUUGUAAACUUUUAAUGGGGACAUGAGGAGAGCCGCAGCCGAGCAAUGGAAAGCAAGGAGGGGCAUUUAAAAGGCGCGAGUCAAGCGGAGUGGUUCUUCACGAAAGCCAAAAUCUCCCUGGCAGUGGCUAUAAUAAAGAACAAGCCCACGGGCAUGAGUGGCAGAGAGUACGCUGAGGCUUUGGCCGGCAAGAUGAAGAGCCAGGAUGAAGGCUGGAAGAAAAAAGCCCGGGAGCUGCAGCAGGAGGUGCUGAGGCUGCGACAGGAGCUGGUGAUGGCCAGAGCGACGUCUAACACAAGGAGCACAGCGCAUGCAGCAGAUCAUGACUACACCAUGAACGUUUCGCAGGACCUCUUUGGUCCAGAAAGUACGGCGUGCAGCGCAGACCCUCAGUCAGGCUGCGACUCAGAGACUCCUGAACUCCUGCUACCGGACCACCAACCUGCCGUCCCUUCCCCUCAGCCGCCUGUUCCCUCCAGUCAUCACGGAGGUCCUCGUGGGAACGCCGCGCUGCCCCACGUGCAGUUCCUCCAGUCGCUGUGUUCCCUGCACCGAGUCGACGGGGACCACAGAGGCCUGGAGUCUCUGUGGUUCAGCUCUGACGUGGAUGUAGGGUCAGUGUUAGUGGACUCUGUGUGCCAGCUCCUGGACUCUGUGGUGGCGGCGUGCAGGGACCCCCCUCCGCUGGGACCUCGUGACCUCGUCCUGCAGGCUUGCCGGGUCGCAGCCGGAGCGAUGGACCUGUUCUGCUCUCAGAGGCCGCCAUCUGUAGAGUUCAUGCGGCGCGUGGAAGAGUCACUGAGGGAGCUGACCGCGAUGCUGCUGCACAGUAAUGAGCUCAGCAGGCUCCAGGCUGCAGAGAAGCUGACGGACUACCUGAUCACGCUGGGGAGCAGCAGCAUGUCAAAGUCCUUUCUAAUUCGUCACAUGCUGUCUCAGAUCAGCGCUCUGGCGGAUCAGCUCUGGCAGGCCUUCCAGGAGCAGGAGAGCUCCGGGCUCGACAAGUUUCCCCUGGACCAGUAUCAGAACUCGUGCCAUUUAUUCUGGAUCCUGGAGGAGCUCCUGCAGAAAUCAAAGGUACCGUGCGGGGUGGAGGUUGGGUCGGAGCAGAUGGGCUUCCUGAGUCACUUGGAACAGCGCGUCUUUCUAUUGUCAGAUGAGUUUCCCUUGUUUUUCAUCUGCAUGUGGAGGAUCGGAGGUCUCCUCACCUCCUCGGACAGAUAAGAUCCCCCAUACGAAAGGGCCAUAUGACCAAAGAGGACUAAACCAGCAUCUGUAGAAACCUGUGGCUAGGGGCCCUAAAAGGAACACUCGGACUACAUCUCAUUGACCAUGACCACAAUCUUCAAAACUAGCUAAAGAGUAAGUCUGGUGUCCUGCUAUAUUUUUCUUACUGUCAAGAAAUCUCUUGAAACGAUCCUACCCAACAAUGAACUCAUCGUUCUCACAAGUAUUGAGUGUGUAUCGAAGCCUGUAUCUGAUCUCUCUGUUGUUCAAAAACUAUUAAAACACAUCAGUGAGACGCGCACAAGAAACGUCAGCCUGGCAAAAUAAUAAAACUGACAAUUUGAAGGGAUUCUUUCAGAAUAUCGGACGUCAAUGCCUCCUUCCCAGUUUGCUCUCAUAAAAACAUUGUCGACGUAAAGGGUGGUGGUUAAUUAACACAGAAACAACACAUUCUUAAUGAGGAUUUUAAUUUUAAUCUUUUUACAUCUUUGCUGUAGCUGCCAUGUCAGGAGGAAAACAUUAAAUGUAUCUGUAACAGAGAAAUAAAUGUUUUUGUUAUUGCCAACAAAA